UUCUCUCUCUCAUUAAGUAGACUGUUUCAAAAAGAUUCCUGCAGUAUUCUGAGUCACUCCCAGAAGGUGAAACCCCAGACUCUUCCCAAGAUGUACCUCAGUGUUGCAAAUCACCGCAUACCUCUGCAUGAUGGAAAUAGCAUUCCUAUCAUUGGACUUGGAACUUACUCAGAACCUAAACUGACCCCUAAGGGGACCUGUAAGAAGUCAGUGAAGGCUGCCAUCGACAUAGGGUACCGGCACAUUGACGGGGCCUACCUUUACCAAAACGAGCAUGAAGUUGGCGAGGCCAUCAGGGAGAAGAUUGCAGAAGGAAAGUUGCAGAGAGAGGAUAUUUUCUACUGUGGAAAGCUAUGGGCUACAAAUCAUGACCCAGAGAUGGUCCGCCCAACCCUGGAAAGGACACUCAAGGUCCUCCAGCUAGAUUAUAUAGAUCUUUACAUCAUUGAAAUACCUAUGGCUUUUAAGCCUGGAGAUGAACCACAUCCUAAAGAUGAGAAUGGCAAAUGGAUAUAUCACAAGUCAAAUCUAUGUGCCACUUGGGAGGCUUUGGAAGCUUGCAAAGAUGCUGGCUUGGUGAAAUCCCUUGGAGUAUCCAAUUUUAACCNNNGUAAAAUUGCAUUCCUCGACCAGACCUUAAUUUUGUGCUUUGCUCCCCAAUGCAACACAUAGGUUGAGUGCCAUCCAUACUUUUCGCAGCCAAAACUUCUGAAAUUUUGCCAACAGCAUGACAUUAUCAUGAUUGCAUAUAGUCCUUUGGGGACCUGUAGGAAUCCAGUCUGGGUGAAUCUAUCUUCCCCACCUUUGUUAAAGGAUGAACUUCUAAACUCACUGGGAGAAAAGUACAAGAAGACAGCCGCUCAAGUUGCUUUGCGUUUCAACAUACAGCGAGGAGUAGUUGUCAUUCCUAAAAGCUUUAACCCUGAACGGAUCAAAGAAAACUUUCAGAUCUUUGACUUUUUUCUCACCGAAGAGGAAAUGAAGGAUAUUGAAGCCUUGAAUAAAAAUGUCCGCUUCGUGGAACUGCUCAUGUGGAGUGAUCAUCCAGAAUACCCAUUUCAUGAUGAGUAUUGACCUUGGAGUGCUCCUGAACCGACCGUUUCACCCCAUGUGUGCCAAGGCCUUGGGUUGGGUGGAUCCCCCAGAUUUAGAAUCGGGACAGGUUUCACUAUCCUCACAUGAAGUGGUAAUAAAAACACAUUUACUUAACUUUUGUGUAAUGUACUGACUUAGCACAGUUGAUGAAAAAAAUGUUUAAAUCUGUUGAAAUAAUUGUAAAAUAUCAGCUAAUAUCUUUAAAUCAAUGUCUUCUGAGUUCUAAAAAAAAUUAGGCUCUAGUGAAGACUUCACAGGCAACAUUUGAAGACAAAUAACUCACAAAUCUAGGUACAACCAUUAACAGUCUGAGUUCUUUACCAGGUAACAGGGCAACAGAGAGUGAAGGGCUGACACGUGCCAGGGUGCUGUAGGUUAACGGCCAGGAGGUUUAGACCAUUGACUGUAACACAGACACAGCCAAGGUAAGAUCCAUACGUGCAUUACUAACAAGAAAGUGAUUCCUACACCUUGAGUAGAGAGAGGGCUAAAUGUGGAAAAGUCUUCAAAUAGAGCUAACUAAACCACAGUAGUCAGCAAAGCCAUAAUGGUUUGUCUGUUGUUUGUUUUCAUCCAAUGUUUGUUUAGCUUUUACCCAGCUUGAGGGAUGGGUAAUUGCUAGUUUCCUCCAGCAUGCUUUAAGGAGCCUGAGCUUCAGCAUAACUGGUAGUCCAUACAUACACUGCCAUUCACUGCUGCCCCCAUUCAUCAUACAACCAUCAUUAGGCAAACGGACUCAAGACAACCAACAUACACCAAUAAAAUCCUGUAUCAUAAAAUAGUCCAAUGAUGACUAUUUUAAAGAAGGCAUUUCAAAAAGAGGCUUUAGGAAACAUUGAAAAAAAGAGACUUUAUAUAAUUAUUAUGCCUAAGACUUUGUGUUACUGGGAUACUAUGUGAAUUUUGAGAAAGUAGCCUAUUCAAAAGAACCCUGGCAGUUUUACUAUACACAAAUUUUUUAAGUGAAUAGGAAAAUUAUUAGAAUUCUGCGAUAGCGAUGCACUUGUUUUCAGUUAAACUAGAGCAAUUUAUUUCAGUCAUUCGUAUCAGGUCACACUCAUGAGGCAAAAGGGCUCUUCAAACAUUGUCUUUCCAAGAUCAGUUGCUUAGAGAUAAUCUUCAAUGAUCUGAACACACGCAUUUCUGAGAAAAUGUUACUUUAAAAAAUGUUGAUCUCUACUUAUUGUUUCUACUGAUUUCAAUAUUAAUACACAUAAUGCUGUCCUCUGAAAAUGUUGUUUACUAGAAAUAAAAAAAUAUGAUCUGUUCCACCAUA